AUGGUGUACAACUCGUUGACUGAGGCUCCUCACAACGUCAAGGAGGGCAUUGACUGGUUGGUGGCCUUGAAGGGAGAUGAUGCUGAAAAGAACUUGGUUGCAAUGGGCGCCGCCCUUUACGAUUUUUUAGCAGAAAAACCCGUCGGACACACGCAUGUGCCAGCGCUCGAGAAAGUCAAGCGUGUCACUAAAACGUUCAUGGAGCAAGAGGGGGUCAAAAACGUGUGGCCCUUCAAAGUGAUGCUGCAGAGAUUCAUUAAGCCUGUGAAUACAAAUCCCAGUUGGUUUUCAAGGUUGUUUAACGCUGUCAAGGAAAGCGAUUAUAAGAAUGUCGUAAAAACUAGGGGUCUUACUGCUAAUACCAUUGCGGGACAAUUAAGUAAAGCUGUGGAUGGUUGUGAACGUUUCCUGGACAAGAUCAAGGUACCUGACCAGUACGAGUCUUCAUACAGUUCAGAAGCGACGUGGGAGGCAUCAUGCUCAAAAAAGCCGGAAUAUUGUGCAGCGGUCCUAGUCGGUAUUGCGCCUAUGUUAUACACGGGUAUACGUUCUUUGUUGAAGACAAGCGAGGAUGAAGUACUGAGAAGUGCGCCUUUCAUAUGUGGCAAGAGUCGAAUCCCAACUAUUUUGGAGGCCUUAGGUUUUAAAGGCGCUGGAUGUCAAGAUGACAUGAGCAGGAAAUAUGUUUUAAAGGCGGUGGGAAAUGUUAAUUUUAGAAUGUUGGAUACAUUAUACGAUCUCUCUGGCUUCUGGGCUUUCUAUGGAUCUAGCACAACGGAUGUUGACGCUGAACCAUCCGUUGACGGUGAGGGUGAACAGUCCAUGAUCCCCGAAGCUGAACCAUCCGUUGACGGUGAGGGUGAACAGUCCAUGAUCCCCGAAGCCGAACCAUCCGUUGACGGUGAGGGUGAACAGUCCAUGAUCCCCGAAGCUGAACCAUCCGUUGACGGUGAGGGUGAACAGUCCAUGAUCCCCGAAGCUGAACCAUCCGUUGACGGUGAGGGUGAACAGUCCAUGAUCCCCGAAGCUGAACCAUCCGUUGACGGUGAGGGUGAACAGUCCAUGAUCCCCGAAGCUGAACCAUCCGUUGACGGUGAGGGUGAACAGUCCAUGAUCCCUGAAGCUGAACCAUCCGUUGACGGUGAGGGUGAACAGUCCAUGAUCCCCGAAGCUGAACCAUCCGCCGAGCCCGUGAAGCCUGAAGUCGAUGAGGUUGAACAGCCUGUGAAGGUUGCGAAGGCUGCUAAAGUGGCGAGGUCUGUGAAAGCCGCCAAGAAAGCUGCUAAGAAGGUUUCCAAGAAGGCCCGUCAGAAAAAACAGAAGAAACAGCAGGAAUCCGCUGAGCAGUGA